CUCGGCAGACCAGCCGGGCACACGUAUUUGUGACCUGCACUUGAUCGGAGGUAUCCCGCCCUUGGCUUCGACCGCGACUAAUCGUCAUCUCUGCCGCCAGCUCUUGCCCAAUCGCUGGACAACACACCCUCUCGCUGGUCAACACACCCACGCGCUGGUCAACGCACUCAGAAGGAACGUCCCUCGACCGCCAACAGGUGGCCGGCAUGGCCACGUUUCCACCACCCAGCAGCCCGACUGCCCAAGCCGAAGCCGAGAUCGAGAUCGUCGACCUCCGCGGCGGAUAUCCCAUAGACGACGAGGAGCUCUUCAGCCUCGCUAACCUCGCCGCCGCGCACCUCACCGCGCUUGGCUAUCGGGCAAACGCGCCCCGAGAUAAGAGUGAUGCGGGCCGCAUGUUGCUGCUCGUUAACGAUCUCUUCGAGGUCUAUGAGGAUAUCGAAUGCGCGAUGGUGGGCAAUGCGGAUGAGUCGAGGGGUUACUCGUACUUCCUCUCCACCUCCGCGGGCCGCACUGCGGACCUCUCCCUCGCCGAGUACGACGCGUUGAUUCGGACGCAGGAUUUCUGGCACCCGCCCGAGAAGUUCCACAUGUGCGAGACGAGCGUGGACAGGGAGGUGAAGUCGGUGCUGGAGGCGAAGGGUAUACACGUCCGGCCUUUCCGCACUGUUUUCUGGGGUUGAGACGGUUUCAUGCUGGGCGGUUUGCGCUGUUCGCCUGUUCCCAGCAGUUCGUGCUGUUUGCCUGUUUCCAACCAGUUCGUGCUAUUUGCCUGCUCCCACUGUCAUCAGAGACAGCAGUGAUAGAGCUGCCAUGGGCAUUCACGAGAUGGGCAGCUAUGUCGAGGGUGACCAUUCUGAGCGUGCAUGGGCUUACGCACAACUAUACUGUACUUUACGCGCACUAUACUUUACAUGCGACUAUACUUCACAAGCGAACUAUACGAUGCCUCAGACCUCAGGCUCUGUUCGAUCUGUUUGCUUGCACAACUUGAAGCCAGUUCUUAGAAAGAUCGCUGGCAUCAGGACGCACAUCUAUACGCACGUACCUGUCUGAUUAAUUCAUAAG